GUGACGCACGUCCGGAAUAGAAGAACACAUGGAGGAAUAAACAGCGUGAAUAACAUCGUGCGCAAUAAUUAGUUAAAAUGCGUAUUGAAAAGUGUUAUUUUUGUUCAGGACCCGUUUAUCCGGGCCAUGGAAUGAUGUUCGUUCGUAACGACUGCAAGGUGUUUCGAUUUUGUAAAUCAAAAUGCCACAAACUCUUCAAGAAGAAGCGUAACCCAAGAAAGACCAGGUGGACCAAGGCGUUCAGAAAAUCAGCUGGCAAAGAGUUGACAGUGGAUAACGCACUGGAGUUUGAGAAGCGCAGAAAUAUUCCUGUGAAAUACCAGAGGGCACUCUGGAACAAGACAGUGGAAGCAAUGAGGAAGGUGGAGGACAUCAAACGCAAACGACAGGCCCGCUUCAUCAUCAACAGACUGAAGAAGGGCAAGGAACUGGAGAAGGAGGAGGCUAUCCAGGAAGUCAAGAAAAACAUCCACCUUAUCAAGGCACCACAUGCUGGGAAAGCCAAAGAGUUGGAAGAAAAGAUGGUUCAGAAAUUGCAAGAAGAUGUGGAAAUGGAUGACAACUGAGCGUGAACCCAUUUGUUGCUUUUCCUUGGAGGCUCCAGGCUUUUGUACAAAUACAGAUUUUGUACAAAUACCCCUCAGCAUCACCCAUGAAGGCCCAUAACCUGAGACUCGAGAGACUGUUUGAGAGUGAUAUUGUGUAUGCUGUAUACUUCGCUAUAGUAUACUUCGCUAGUAUACUAACUUCAGAUUGUGGACAUUUCGGCAUUCUCUCAUGCUUGCGAAUAGGAGAAAAGAUUAUGUAGAAACGUGAGUUUUGUGUGCUCUUAAGCAGUUAUAGAUAAGAUCGUCUAUAUAUAACUUUCCAUUGGGCUAAUGAUGUAUUAAUCCGUUUUUGUGUGUGUGUGCACGUGCAUCAGUUAAAGAUGGCGCAUCACUGCUAUGAAAGGGUUAUGUUUUUCAAAUAAAUAUGAUGGCUGUAA